AUGUCUCGCCAUCGAUAUAUCAAGAACCUCAACAUCUCCGAUGAACUCGAUGACGAUGCACUCUCCGAUGGAGGGGAAGAAGAUAUGACUGCUGAACAACAAUGUAUGGCAUCCCAAUCGUUAUUUCGGUCUCUAUCGUCUAUUGAUCCAAGUCUAGUACAAAUGAUUGAUGCUUUAGAACAAGUUCGUCAAGUCAUCGGUGACGAGGAUAUUUCAGGAAUGUCGGACAACGAAGUGAGGGGCACGGUCUGGUAUUACAAUUUCGACGUGGAAGAAUCCGUCAAUUGGUGCCUGCAGGAACAAGAAAAAAGGCGAGCCGCUAGAGAGCGCCAAGGGAGCCCUCCGGUGCAAUACACCCACUACGAGCAUUAUUAUGAAACAAACGAGCGGCCACGCAUACCUUUGAUUCACCUUGCGCAGCAACAAAUGGCAGAGCAACAGCGUCAGUGGGAGGAGCUUGAUGCAGACGGACUUGAGCGCGAGUCAGAAAUGGAUCCAACAGGGACAGAGGAUGACAAUAUGCACUUAUACCCAGAGAAAAGGAGUCUCACCCCGAUUACUGAGAAAACCGAGCGUACUGAACUCUCCUCCCUUUGGCGGCAUCGUCCUCCCAGUGAUGGGACAUCAACAUCCUAUGGAAACGUGUUGAAUAAUGGCUACUUAGAUCCACCGCCUGAUUCACCGAUGGAUCCUAACAUGAUCCCGCUUUCCCCUUCCGAAUCAGCUCUUCACAGACUUUCACUAUAUGAACCUGCACCCUCCCGGACAUCGUCAGCCACUCAAACCAGCGUUUCAUCGUCCCCUCGACCUCCAAGCGAACCUGUGCCUCCCAUCGAUACUAUUCCUGACAUACCCGACUCGACCUCGAGGUCUACACAUCCCACAACUCAAAAAUCGUUGCAUAGCCGUCCGACGCUUCAUAAUACGGUAAAGCAGUCCAAACUUGCACAGCUUGCCAGCAGUCGUGCAAGUUCUCGGACGAAGAGUUCUACGUCUUUGAUUUCAGACCACUCACAGUCGGUCAAAACAUAUCCGGGUCUCCGCCCCAACGAGCAUUCAACUCGCCCUAUCUCUUCUACGGUUCGACAAUCCAUCGCGCCCUCAUCGACGUCUUAUCAUGUCGAUAAGGCUAUUCAGUUUGCAAUUGAGAUGGAAGCACAAGACCGAGCUGCCGCGUUGGAGCCGCUAAAAACCGAGAAACCGUUGCCAAAAACGCCGUCAGCGCGGUCCAAGCUUUCAGCGAAGGCUCAGAGCUCUGCAAGCACAUCCAAGUCCGUUGUUACACCAGUUGCCCCUACGCCAUCCAAGGCUCCUCAAAUGCUCUCAACAGACAGCCCAGCAUCCAUCCGGCCGCUUUCCAAACUAGCACUUCUUGCUCAGGAAAAAGCUACGAAAACUGACAUUAAGAAAGUCCUGAGUGCACCGAUAACUAGAUCUCCUCCGCAACUCCCUCCAGAACACACAGAAUAUCUUAUUCCUGUCGCCAAUGGGUCAUCGGUGACUACCGCGAUAACUACUUCGUAUCAGACUCUCUACAGCCUAACUGACCCUUCACGUCCAUCUACGAGUGAUUCCCCGUAUGUGGUGCCACUUUCUGCGGUUGACUACACGACAGACACUACAAAGACCUCCGUGGCCAAACCUUCGAAACUUGCCAUGAAAGCACGGAAAGCACAGGAGAAACAGAGCUCGGUGGUCAAGGAGGAGACAUCUGCACGUUAUGAAGUACCCUCUAUGUUCCUUCCUCAUUCAACUCGAAGUCGGGGAGAGAGCACAAAGAAAGACAAGGACAAAGGAAAGGCUCGUAGCACUGCCUCUACCGGCUCCACAUUGAGGCACCAUCGUUCCACGAGGGGAAAAGAACACUCCAUUCCAGACGUCGCAUCGUCACCUGGGUUUGCCUUCAACAUCCCAAGUCCGGACGACAUUGUUCUCGGUGCUCGCCGUGGAACGACGCUGGACCGAGGGGACAGAAAGAUAGCUUCCGCUUCCACAUAA